GGGUGGGGGCUUGGCGGGGGCAUCCGGCGGAGCUGGGGUCUCCGGACUCCGUCCGGAGGAAGCGAGACUGCGCCCGCUCGGGCAGUCGGAGGGAACGGGACGGGACCGGCGGGCGGGCGGGCGGACUCGCCCUCUCGGUGACUGCGCCGUCCGGACCCGUCCUGCCUGGCCGCAGGUGCCCCUGGAUGAGGCCGCCCCGCGCGCCCCGACCGGUCUUAUAAUCAAUGGAUAAAGUGGGGAAAAUGUGGAAUAACUUCAAAUACAGGUGUCAGAAUCUCUUCAGUCAUGAGGGAGGAAGCCGUAGUGAAAAUGUGGAUAUGAACUCCAACAGAUGUUUGUCUGUCAAAGACAAAAACAUCAGUAUAGGAGACUCAGCUCCUCAGCAACAAAGCAGUCCCUUAAGAGAAAAUGUUGCCUUACAACUGGGGUUAAGCCCUUCAAAGAAUUCUUCAAGGAGAAACCGAAACUGUGCCACUGAAAUUCCUCAGAUUGUUGAAAUAAGCAUUGAAAAGGAUAAUGACUCAUGUGUCACCCCAGGAACAAGACUUGCAAGAAGAGAUUCCUACUCUCGACAUGCUCCUUGGGGUGGGAAGAAGAAACAUUCCUGUUCUACAAAGACACAGAGUUCACUAGAUACCGAUAAAAAGUUUGGUAGAACUCGAAGUGGACUUCAAAGGAGAGAGAGGCGAUAUGGUGUAAGCUCUGUGCACGACAUGGACAGCGUUUCCAGCAGAGCCGUAGGAAGUCGCUCUCUGAGACAGAGGUUGCAGGAUACUGUGGGCUUGUGUUUUCCCAUGAGAACUUACAACAAGCAGUCAAAGCCCCUCUUUUCUAAUAAAAGAAAAAUACACCUUUCUGAGUUAAUGCUUGAGAAAUGCCCUUUUCCUGCUGGCUCGGAUUUGGCCCAAAAAUGGCAUUUGAUUAAACAGCAUACAGCCCCUGUGAGCCCACAUUCUACAUUUUUUGAUACAUUUGAUCCAUCCUUGGUUUCUACAGAAGAUGAAGAAGAUAGGCUUCGAGAGAGAAGGCGGCUUAGUAUUGAAGAAGGGGUUGACCCCCCUCCCAACGCACAAAUACAUACGUUUGAAGCCACUGCACAGGUUAACCCGUUAUAUAAACUGGGACCAAAGUUAGCUCCUGGAAUGACUGAAAUAAAUGGGGACAAUUCUGCAAUUCCACAAGCUAAUUGUGACUCUGAAGAGGACACAACCACGCUGUGUUUGCAGCCACGGAGGCAGAAGCAACGUCAGGUAUCUGGAGACAGCCAUGCCCACGUUAGCAGACAGGGAGCUUGGAAAGUCCAUACACAGAUUGAUUACAUACACUGCCUCGUGCCGGAUUUGCUUCAGAUCACAGGUAAUCCCUGUUACUAGGGAGUGAUGGACCGUUACGAAGCAGAAGCCCUUCUGGAAGGGAAACCUGAAGGUACAUUUUUGCUCAGGGACUCUGCACAGGAGGACUACCUCUUCUCUGUGAGCUUCCGUCGCUACAACAGAUCCCUGCAUGCCCGAAUUGAACAGUGGAAUCACAACUUUAGUUUUGAUGCUCACGACCCGUGUGUGUUUCACUCCUCCACUGUAACAGGACUUUUGGAACAUUACAAAGACCCCAGUUCUUGCAUGUUUUUUGAACCAUUGCUUACGAUAUCACUAAAUAGGACUUUCCCUUUUAGCCUGCAGUACAUCUGCCGUGCAGUCAUCUGCAGAUGCACUACGUAUGAUGGAAUUGAUGGGCUCCCUUUACCGUCAAUGUUACAGGAUUUUUUAAAAGACUAUCAUUAUAAACAAAAAGUUAGAGUUCGCUGGCUAGAACGAGAACCAGUCAAGGCAAAGUAAACCCUCCUGUCCCCAAAGGGCAUUAACUAGAUCUGCUUUUAUGUGCAUCGGGCAGUACACCUCUAGCAAGCACACAUAUCAGUGUUAGGUUUUCUUCAGUACAGUAUGUAAGCUUAGUGUUAGUAUUUGUCAGGUGCAAUCUGCUGUUACUUACUCAGAUAAACGUGGUGCCUAUUGAGACAACAGAGGAUACAGCUACAGGUGUUCGGUAAGGCUACAAAAACAUUCUGCCGAUUUAGCUGACAGUUUGGUUUUUAAUGGCUGUAGUUAACUGAGUGAAGCAACUCUGGGGCAUUUGCUAUGAAGAAUUCUAUUUCUUACUGAAGAACAAAUUAUUAAUAUUGGAUGAGUAUUUCAACAGUGUGACUAAUGUUUGAAAUUAUUAUUUUUUCUAAGAAUUUUUCUAUAACCUUCCAAAAGUAGUGAUGUUUGUAGUUACUAUAAAUCAAGCUUUGGAAGUCCAAAAAAUAAAGACUGCCUUCCUUUUAGAAAAAAAUGCAAUUUUCUGGCCACAAGGGCAUAGUGCAGUGCAGUUCACUUAAGUGUUGAAUAGUCUAUAGUCAGUCUCCUUUUCUCUUCUGCAAAAGGUACUGUUAAGUAAACCAGUUUUCUAAGUAGUAGUUCUUAAAAUUUCAGACUUAUGAAAAGUUGGUAGUAGAAUUUUAUUUAGAAUUUUAUUUAAGGCCUUAAGUAUUCAUUUUUUAAUGAGUGCUUUAACAUAACACAUUGGGAAUAGCUGCUGCAAAGUAGGCCUGCGUGUGAUUUUUUUAAGGUGACAUGUGCAGUCAAAUCGCUGAUUCAUUAAAGUUGGAUCUUUUUCUAUGCCCGUGAUGAGUUUGUGAACCAUGAAGAAAAUGAGACUAAACGAUACCCAAACAAGUCAGAUAAUACUACAGUGGUUGCUGAUUGUUGAGAUUAUUGUUAAACUGUAAUUCAUAAUUUAGAUGGCAGUAUUUAUCUCUUUGUUGUAAACUCUCAUAGCUGAAUUGCUUAAGUACAAGUUAUAGAAUUUCAGUGCACUUAAUUUUUAAUGGAAAAAUCUUAAACCUAAAUUGCUGAUUUAAAAGGUACUGUACAACCAUUGUAUCUGUAAAUAACUUUACUUAGCACCUUUUUGUCACUUAGAAUAGUAUGCAAUACUACUUGAGUGAGCUAUUUUGGAAGUAAUACCAAGUUCUAGUGUUUGCUUCUUAGUAUUGGACUGAAUUUACAGUUCCGUCCUGGACAUUUUGCACUAAAGUAGUCGAAUCCAUUCUUCUGUCUUUUUGUUAACGUGCUCUGUACCACUGGUGAGUGCUCCUUAGUUUCCUUACCUGCUGCUACAGAAAGUUCUUUUACAUCCCAAUGGCUAUCACCAAGGCCACAAAAAAGAAAAGCUAUAUUUGUAUGCAACACUAACCCUUUGACUGCUAAUGUAUGUUUCUGCUUGCUGUGCCUUGUUACGGCUGCUUUUUUGUGCUAAUAAAGUACGUUUGGUGUUC